AUGAAGGCCAACACCACCUCGUUUCAUCCUGACGUUGUGAAAAGGUGUCAUUCAACCGGUGAGGUGGUAUUUACUUGUGCCGAGUGUUUGUACGACCCCAAGACAAAUGCCGGUUUUGUCUACUGUGGUCCGGCACGUAAGUGGCAGCUGUUGGCUGGUGCCCCGGUUGCCACCAAGUUCCUCAAGAGGGACUUCAAGCAGCUGUUUGCCAGUUGUCACACAGAUAGUGACGAUGAGUCUUUUGAUGGUGGCAUGUGCGAUUGCCAGGUGAAGUAUAACUUUAUCCGCUGUGGGCGUUUCAACUUCUCUAUUUCUCAGUUGGACAAAGACACUCUCUUUUCGAAGAUGAUGGACAAAAUCUCACAGGAGCAACGUAUCGCCAACAAAUGGGAUGACCUUCCGGUUGAGAAAAAGCGAUUUGGCUUGUACUACUGGAUUGGCUGUAAUGUCUUUGGUUUCCGUGAGAGGACUCCACUUCCCCAGUGUGUUGUGGCUUACGUGCGUCACCAUUAUCCCAAUGAAGACGAGAAGAAAGGCUACAAGGGCUUUGUUCCUAAGUACACUCACCAGUCUAUCAAGGCCCCGCUCCCUGUGGAAGAAGACAAGUCGAAGGAACAAGAUGACGAUUCGAGUGAAGACAGUUACAGCCCCCCCGAGUAUGCUACUCAUGAGGAAAUGCUUCAAGUUACGCGUGAUGCCCUUUCUCUUAACCAAAAGGACUUCGACACAGAGGAUUCCGAGAUUAACUAUGAUGAACCUACUCGCGAGGACUUCGAACAGUAUGCAAAGGAGAUUGCAAAUGAGGAAGGCAAUUGA